UAUAUUAAGUGAAGAAUGGCGCUUAUUUUGCAAGUGAUUUCCUCGGGAAUCUACAUAGUGGGUUCUCUUAGCAUCGUCGCUUUUCUCUACGACAACUUUAAGUCCUUGUUCAGCAUCAUCAAGGCUGUCCUGGAACCCUACUUCCGACCGAAUUUGCCAAAGACUUUGGUAGAAAAAUUCGGACAAUGGGCAGUGGUGACGGGAGCCACCGAUGGCAUUGGAAAGGAAUAUGCCAGGGAGUUGGCUCGUCAGGGUCUUAACCUAGUGCUCAUUUCGCGGACGAAGGAAAAGCUGAUUGCAGUCACCAACGAGAUUGAGAGCCAAUAUAAUGUGCAAAUCAAGUGCAUUGUUGUGGAUUUUGCAAAGGGACGCGAGGUGUACGAUCAAAUCGAAAAGGAACUGAAUGGAAUCGACGUUGGAAUUUUGGUCAACAAUGUGGGCAUGAUACACGACCCCGAAACCCUUGACAAGGUAUCAGAGGACAUGUUGUGGAACCUUCUCACCGUCAACAUGGGAUCGGUUACCAUGCUCACCCGCAAGAUUCUGCCCCAGAUGAUUGGUCGCCGAAAGGGAGCAAUUGUUAACCUGGGAUCCUCCUCCGAACUCCAGCCCCUGCCCAAUUUGACUGCCUAUGCGGCUAGCAAAAAGUUUAUAACCCACUUUUCUAAAGGUCUGGAAUAUGAGGUGGCCGAUCACAAUAUCCAUGUGCAGCUGGUGAUGCCCAACUUUGUGGCCACCAAUAUGAAUGCCUAUUCCGAUAAAGUGAGGCAAGGAGGACUGCUUUUCCCCAACGCUUAUGCCUAUGCCAGAUCCGCCGUCUUUACACUGGGAAAAACGAGCGAGACCAACGGUUUCUGGGUUCACGGAAUACAGUACGCCCUCAUGAAGUUGGCUCCCAUGCAGAUUCGUACUUACUUCGGACACCAACUCUUCAAGCGACUGAGAAUCGAAGCCCUCGAGCAUAGGCAAAAGAAACUAAAAAUUUAUUAA